GAACGGGACAUCAUGCAAUCAGAUGAUGUUAUCUGGGAUACACUAGGAAACAAACAAUUUUGUUCCUUCAAAAUAAGAACUAAGACUCAGAGCUUUUGUAGAAAUGAGUACAGCCUGACUGGACUAUGUAAUCGGUCAUCCUGCCCCUUAGCAAACAGUCAGUAUGCCACUAUCAAAGAAGAAAAAGGACAGUGCUACUUGUAUAUGAAGGUUAUAGAACGAGCAGCUUUUCCUAGGCGUCUCUGGGAACGGGUCAGGCUCAAUAAAAACUACGAGAAAGCGCUGGAGCAAAUAGAUGAAAAUCUGAUUUACUGGCCUCGUUUUAUUCGACACAAAUGCAAGCAGAGAUUCACCAAGAUCACCCAGUACCUAAUUCGAAUUCGAAAACUUACACUAAAGCGACAGAGGAAACUUGUUCCUUUGAGUAAGAAGGUGGAGAGGAGGGAAAAAAGAAGAGAGGAAAAGGCAUUAAUAGCUGCUCAGCUGGACAAUGCCAUUGAAAAGGAAUUACUGGAGAGAUUGAAACAAGAUACGUAUGGCGACAUCUACAACUUCCCCAGCCACGCCUUCGACAAGGCCCUGGAACAACAGGAGGCAGAGAGUGACUCUUCAGAUGCUGAGGAAAAAGAGGAAGAAGAUGAAGAAGACAUAGGAAAAAGAGAAUUUGUGGAAGAUGAUGAGGUAGAUGAGAGUGACAUAAGUGACUUCGAGGAUAUGGAUAAACUGGUUGCCAGCAGUGAUGAAGAUCAGGAUGAUAAAUCUUCAAGUGAGGAAGAAGGGAAGGCUCUUAAUGCUAAACACAACGGCAAAACACCCUUGAAAGGACCUUUGCUGAGAAAGCGAGCCUAUGUAGAGAUAGAGUAUGAACAGGAGACAGAGCCCAUGGCCAAAGCCAAAACCAUGUGA